AUGGGUCUCUCCAAAUCCACGAGGAUCAUGAUCCUCUUGGGCAUCGACACGGCCUUUUUCUUUGUAGAGUUGAUUGCGGGAUAUGCAGUGCAUUCCCUGGCUCUUGUAGCCGACUCAUUCCACAUGCUGAACGAUGUCAUAUCACUUCUCGUCGGACUAUGGGCAGUCAAAGUUGCCAGCCAGAAAACCAACUCGAAGACAUACACAUACGGAUGGCAACGCGCCGAAACCCUAGGUGCCCUGAUUAACGGCGUCUUCCUCGUCGCGCUAUGUCUCUCCAUCUUCCUCGAAGCGAUUCAGCGCUUCGUCGAACCUCAAGAUGUCUCGCAUCCCAUGAUCAUCCUUAUUGUCGGUUCCUGCGGUCUCCUUUCCAACAUUGUCGGCCUCUUCCUCUUCCAUGACCACGGUCACGGUCACGGCGGCCAUUCGCAUUCACACGACGAACAUUCACACGCGGAGGAGGGACACUCUCAUGGUGCGCAUUCUCAUGACGACCACGACCACGACCAUGCCAUUGCGGAUGAGAGCAGUAACACCGCCGUCUCUGUGUCUGUAAAGAAGAGCAAGCGUCACAGCCGAUCCCAGUCGCGCAACUACGCCACCCUGGACGAAAUCUACGUUCACCCCUCUUCUUUCAGAAAUAGCAUCAUUGAGUCGUCUCGCCUGCGCGACGAAGAGGCUGAUGACGAAGAAAACGUAGAAGCAGAGGAGGAGCCGACUGAGCGUACUUCGUUGCUUUCCAAGUCUAAGAGACAUGGGGCACAUGGUCACUCACACUCAAACGGAAAAUCCAAGGAGAACCAGCACAAGGAUCACAAGCACACCAAGCCUAAACAACAGUCUUCUGGUGGCGGUCAUGGCCACUCUCACGCUGAUCUCAACAUGCGCGGUGUCUUCCUGCACGUCAUGGGUGAUGCUCUGGGCAACAUUGGUGUCAUCGCUACUGCCCUGUUCAUCUGGCUUACCGACUUCUCAUGGAGGAUGUAUGCUGAUCCUGCCGUCUCUCUGCUCAUCACCGUGAUCAUCCUCCUCUCUGCCCUGCCCCUCUGCAAGGCCGCGUCCCGCAUCCUGCUCCAGGCCGUUCCUGAGAACAUGUCUAUUGAUGACAUCACCGACGACAUCAGCGAUCUCGACGGUAUCGUCUCUUGCCAUCACCUGCAUGUUUGGCAGCUCUCUGAUACCAAGCUCGUUGCCUCUCUCCAUGUCCAGGUUGACUUUGACUUCAAGGGUCAGGGCUCUGCACGCUACAUGGAACUCGCGCGUCAAAUCCGCGAGUGCCUGCAUGAAUAUGGUAUCCACUCAUCGACUAUUCAACCAGAGUUCUGUCUGAAUUCCAGCCACGACCACUCGGCGCAUGGCUCAGACGAUAGCGGCGCGGAGGAUGCUGGUCGCAGCAGCAAGAACCCGAGCGUGAGAGGUGCACCUGACGCUUGUCUGCUGGAAUGUCCCGAGACCUGCGGAGGAGGAAAGCAGUGUUGUGACCCCGGCACUACCGGACCCAACGGUUGCUCAUAG